AUGGAUAACUGGCAAGGGAGCCUGCAUAGCGGCUUCCUUGGCGAGCAUAUCCUUGUCAAGGAGAUCCGUCUCACUUCAUUCGCAUCGUUCCUCUGGGCCUCGCUAGUGACAAUCUUGAUCUGUGCCAGUGAAAGGGCGCUCACUCUCGUGCUGGCACAGCGUCGGAUACCGUACUUUGUGAUUGGCGCAGGAAGGAGAGGUCGCGUGCAGGUUGCGCUAUGGAGGACACUGCUUUACUGGGUGGCGACAAUGCUUCGAAUGUUCUACAUGCUCAUCGCGAUGUCUUUCCACGUCGGCUUAAUCUUAAUCAUGGUUACGACACUUUCCAUUGGCCAAUUCUUCAUCGAGUACCUUGGCGAACCGCCAGAGGCCGCACUUCCCGUCCGGAACGGCUACCGACGCGCCGAUAUAGAACCUCUUACACCCAAUGGACUCGCAUCACCGUCUAUUGACGAGAGAGACUCCCUGUUGCUCACACACCCGCGCUCGAAGUCAUCCUCCCGGCCGGCGGUGGACAUGCAUUACCCGCCCAGAUCAGGCGUGCCACCCGACAUGCCAGGGCCGCCCAGCGCUAUUUCGACAAGUGCAUUACCCGACUCGAGCUUCCAAGACGUGCGGCGCGAGACGCAUCACCGCACGAAUUCUCAAGCGCGACUCAUGCGCGGUAUACCGGAUGAGGACAGUGACGGAGAGGUGUAG